GGUGGAGGUCCUCCGGCUUAAUUCAAGUGAAACCCACGUGUUGAAAAAUGGCGGACGCACGAGAAUCUAAGAAAAAGCACAGGAAGAAGAGUGGAGAGGACUUGGGGUCUAUCCAACAGUCAGAAACUUUUCUGAUUCAACCAUCUGAGAAGGCAGCCAAACUAGACACAUCUCAAUGGCCACUGCUGCUCAAGAACUUUGACAAGUUGAAUGUGCGAACCAACCACUACACACCCAUUCCAUCAGGAUGCUCUCCCUUGAAAAGACCCAUAGAAGAUUAUGUGAGGAGUGGUGUGAUCAACCUUGACAAGCCCGCAAACCCAUCAUCUCAUGAAGUCGUGGCCUGGAUCAAACGUAUUCUGCGUGUGGAGAAGACCGGUCACUCCGGUACACUUGACCCCAAGGUGACGGGAUGUCUGAUCGUGUGUGUCGAACGCGCCACCAGGCUGGUGAAGUCUCAGCAGGGAGCGGGGAAGGAGUACGUCUGUAUCUUCAAACUACACAGCGUUGUGGAGGACCAGAAGAGAGUCAAACAGACAAUUGAAGGCAUGACGGGAGCUCUCUUCCAACGUCCACCUCUCAUCUCUGCCGUCAAACGUCAGCUUCGUAUCCGCACAGUGUAUGAGUGCAAGAUGACAGAGUAUGAUCAAGAGAAAGCUAUGGGUAUAUUCUGGGUGAGCUGUGAGGCGGGCACCUACAUCCGAACCAUGUGUGUCCAUCUUGGCCUCUUCCUAGGGGUCGGAGGUCAGAUGCAGGAACUGCGUAGGGUUCGCUCAGGGAUUCAGUCAGAGAAGGAGGGGAUGGUGACUAUGCACGACGUGAUGGAUGCCCAGUGGGCGUACGACCAUCACAAGGAUGAAGAGUAUCUGCGCAGAGUUAUCCGCCCCUUGGAGUCUCUUCUCAUCUCUCACAAGAGAAUCAUCAUGAAAGACACUGCUAUCAAUGCUGUGUGUUAUGGAGCAAAGAUCAUGUUGCCUGGUGUGCUGAGAUACGACGAUGGCAUUGAGGUCAACGAUGAGAUCGUCAUUAUCACAACUAAAGGGGAGGCUGUAGCAUUAGCCAUUGCUCAAAUGACGACAGCAGUGAUCUCCACGUGUGACCACAAUGUUGUGGCCAAGAUCAAGCGGGUUAUUAUGGAGAGGGACACCUACCCUCGCAAGUGGGGCUUGGGACCGAAGGCAUCUCAAAAGAAGAAAAUGAUUUUAGAUGGCAAACUUGAUAAAUAUGGCAAACCCAAUGAGAAGACUCCAAAGGAUUGGUCCAAGUCAUACGUAGAUUUCAAUAUUAAGAAGGAAGAAACCUCCAAUGGCUCAGGAGAUGCACCUCCAUCAACACCAGGAAAAGCCACAAAGAGGAAGCUCGAUGGCUCCAGCAGCAGCAGUUCCGACGAGGAAGUUGCCACACCCGCAAAAUCUCAGACACAAGAGACACCAGAAAGUAGUGAGAAGAAGAAAAAGAAGAAGAAGAAGAAAGACAAGAAGCAAGAGGAAGUUGAGGAGCCUUCAUCAGAGAAGAAGAAGAAAAAGAAGAAGAAGAAGAAACAGGAGUCUGACUCUGAUUAGAUCAAUGUACUCCAUUAUUCCCAUCAGGGAGGUAUACGACAGAUACCGCACAGGAUAUACGAGAUAUGCCACCCGGAAAGUCUACAGAACUGUACAAGAGGUGUGGCACUGGAUGUAUAGGGUUGCAGGUCAGGAUUUGUGGAAUGGCAAGGAACUGCAUACACCAAACCUCAGCCUGAAGACAAGACAUGGUUCCAUGUGUAGGACAAUGUGAUUGUGGUGAUGGACAAGCUUGUUGGUGUAGAAAACUGAACGAGUUCAGGGAAGAUAUACUACAAGUCCCUAGCCUCAGUGCUUCUCUGUGGUCUUAAAAUACAAACUUACCAGUUCAUUCCUUUCGUUGAAUCAGCCAUGUGUUUCAUAUUCGUUUUGGUUUUGUUCAGUUACACAUACUAAUCUGAGAUGUCUCAGAUUUGAAGUACUUACUGUAAAUCAUGAAAUUAAUGCGUCACAAAUUUAAUGCGAGUGCAAGGGUCUAGACUAAAAUGCAUCACGAAAUUAAUGCGAGCUCAGGAAUCUGUGUUGAUGAUAAAAUGUGACACCCUGAAU